GCUAUUAUUGAUUCGAGUUCCGCCAAGCGACAGCUGUGCAACGUAUUUGCAUUUUUUUGCAUUAUGAAGACCAUGGAAAGCCUUUUGACCGGGCCCCUCGGCAGCUAGCAGAUCGCCGUCUAAGUUUGCAGCUCUCCGGAACGACUUUUUAUACAAAUUAAAGAUGCGUGUAUCCAUAAAUUUGUGGGCGCGUGCCGAACACUGUGGAUACAUUGAAUGAAUGCAGCAAGGAUUGUGUCAUAUUUGACAGCUCCGUUGAAGUUUCAGCACGGACUCCGCUGAAACUUCGCCCGUAUGAAAUCUGCCUUCAUUAUCACCAGGAUGGUAAUAACAGCAUUGAUCGUAUUAAAAGUGUCAGGCGAUGAUUGCCGUGGUGACCGACUCGGUUUACGUCAGUGUGAUAGUACGACCACGGGAAUAUCUUCGCAGAAGGGUCUCGGGCUAAUGAAUUUAACUAAUGUCCUAUCGCUGACCGCAUGCGGCCUCCUCUCCCGUCGAGUCGCGCCCCCUCGCGACGACCAGGAGAAGCUUCAGGUUGUUUGCACACAAAACGCGAAGUAGCUGCUCAAUCAAUCGUGAUCAAGCGGGACUAACAGCAUCUCCUUAGCUAAUCUACAGUGUUGACCGUCAAUAAGUUCUGAAUUGUUGUUCGGCCGGGUUGCGACUUGCAGUUAUGUAAUGACUUGCGAGAUCGAAUUGAGCGCAACGUUACAGUUUUAGAGGGUACAAAAACAUCAUUUGAUUAAUUAGUUCCGAAGCGGGAAGACGUGCGCGUUUCGUUAUCCCCUUGUGUCGAAGUGUGCUCGGGGCUUAAUACGUUUGGUAUGGUGACGCAUUUAUAAUAUAGUGAAAAAUUGUGCCAUCGAAGCGGUGUCUUUAUUGGAGUGCUCUUCUGUGAUUAAUAGUUGUUUUCGCGACAUAGGUGUCCUCGCCGAUUUGAAGCAUAAAUCAGCAUUGGCUGGACGUAUGAGUGCUCGAGACUGUUUAAAGAAUUUAAUCACUGAUUUUUGAGACUUUCCAGAGAUUCUUUUUAUUAUAGUUGUAAAGGUCUGCGCACCAGCGAGUGUCGAUUAUCCGCUUUGCACACACUGUAGAUGGGUCUGCAGAAGGCCUACGAAAUCGCGAUGGUUAACGGAGAUUACGAGAAAUUUAAGGAGUCACAGUCCACGACUCCCACCACCAUUGUGAAGCUCGAUGCUGGCGUAGUCACUUCAGCGGAUCCGACGCAAGGAAAAGAUAUCCUUUUGCCCCCCCGAUAUGCGCUCUGCCCUCCAACGCUGUUUAUCAGGAUUGCGGCAUUCCUUGGAGCUUCUGCAGUCACCCUUGGCGCCUAUGGAGCCCAUGUUCUCAAACCGUCGGGUGGAAUGGCAACAAUCUUUCACGCAGCCAACCUUUACCAUUUCCUUCAUACGCUUCUUCUGUUUAUGGUCUCUUUUUCCAGGUAUCCCCGCCUGUGAUAUCUUCCAAAGUAGAAGCCAUUCCAAUAACUACGUCGAAAAAGUGAAGUAGCUAUGUAGCGAUGUGACGCAAUCCGAAGCUUUAAAGUACUUCACCCUGGCGUUUGCUGUUCCACUGAUGGUCAUACACUCCGUUACUCGCUGGUAUACGGUAGAACAAUCCAUGUAUGCGUUUAGUAGUUCAACCGGACAGAGAGAUGCAAAUUUAUUCAAACUUCAGUUAAAAGCUGUGACUAAUGGCUUGAGUUCAGCUGUAUUCUUCAUCGCCUGCUCGCUUCAUGACAGAAGAAGCUCCACGACACCAUCUAGGCGAACACCAAGCACACCCAUUAAACGUUCACCAUAUAAACGCGAGAAAGUUAUCUCUGCUUUUCGUUCCUGAUAGCGAAGUUACUAGUAUAAUACUUGCAAGGCAGUAAUCAGCCAUGGACCUCCCAUACCCCUUCACGUUGAUGUGAAAACCGCUGAAAUACCGCUUAACAUCGCGGUGUUUCCGCGGCUUGCUGUUAGUCCCGCAAUACCGGCUCUAUUAAGAAUUGUUUACGAUUUCCAUCAAAAUCUCUUUCAUCUUUGUCGAUUUCGAAUCGUUUUCGCCACUACUGCCCGCUUACGGAUCCUCAAUGACAGCAGCCCUCAGAACGACAAGUCACUGCAAAGGCGGAUGCGCAGGUACACUUCCACCGUCAGCGACAAGCUUCUUGCGCCGUCGCUUCCUGUAUGAAGAAGAAGAUCGGCCCCUGGGGACGGCCAACGCUCGCAAGCCCCACCGCGUGCGAAGAGAAAAUAAGCCAAAUAUAGAGGGAGAUAGAAAGAAAAACAAGCAAUAGAUGAGUAAUGGCCGACACUGUUUAAUGUAGAUGGUACUGUACUGGAUAAUCCGCAAGUCGUUCGGAUGUUGAUAGGAAUUGGUAAUGGCCGCUGGCGACCAUGCUUGUUGAGAUGAUUGAUGAAAAACGAGUUGUUCGAGGGUUCACAUGUAGAUGUAUGUAUAUGCUUGUGUUGGAGAGACCUUGUUUGAUGGAGAGUUCGGUGAGGACAACCGGAAAUCGAUGGAAAUGAUAACGACAUUUGGAAUAGUGGCGGUUGAAUUGGUCAAUAACGAUAUGAUGGUUGGGAGACCGCGUACUUAAAUUAAUACUACAUAAUACCAUAUAAAGGUGUGAAGUGUAUAUAUAUAAACAGACAGAAGUCUAGUAACGAUUUAUUACUUGGCAUGAGUCGACUGUCCGGGAGUAACAGCGGUCAUGCCAGAGCUCAUAUUGUUGACGGUAUUGGAAAUUACAGAAUAACGUGCUAAUAAUGAUAGAAAAGAUAAUGUUUAAUGUGGCAAUAUCCAUUGAUUUGUAAUACUUGAACUACCUUGGUGCACUAGCUUAUAACUUAUUAUUACAGUUAUUGUUCCGUCCCCUAGAGAACCUCCCGCUCGAUGCAAGUUAACUAGCACCGAAAGUUGCUGGUUUCAGUCAUAGCUACAAAUUUACCUUGCAAUUUCAAUCCGAUAGGUUUGCUCGAAGUACACUUCCUCUUUUUUAUUAAACAUUUUCCUCAAAUUGAUUCGCUCAAAUUCUCAAACUCAAAGAUGUUGUUCGUAUCGCGUGUGUAUUGCAGUUAGACGUUUUUUUUUUACCAGUAUCUUAAUAGUUGCGUGAUUGAACAGAAUUAGAACGGUGGGCGCAAUAUUAUUAUAACUUUAACCGGACAUUCGCGUUUAUAAUUUUUGACUAUUUGUUUGCGUUAUUAGCACGCCACAAAAUUUGCUUUGCCAUUGGUAUCUUCGAUAUCGCCCAAAAAAGUUUUUCAUCUAUUUUGAGAGGUCAACUCUCAAAGUCAUGCUCUGCGUUAAUACGAAGCAUUUUUACGUUACUUACAACGUAAAACAUUUGGGUUAUAGUACCUAAUUUGAGGCAGAUAGUUAGGCUUAACUAUCUCCCCCAAAUCGUUUCUGAUAGACAAAACACUCUUUCCAGACUGCAGAAAAUUAUCAGGUGAGCCGCCUUUUUUUUGUUAACAACCUCAGCCCUUCAAACGUCGGUGAGAUUGGCGCACAUUUCCGCUCACCGAAAAAAGGGAAACAACAACAUGACGACAAAAUUUUAUAGCGGUCGUUCCUCUCGAAUGUGCGUUACAGAGGUCACUUCGCGUGGUUGCCAAAGUAUCAACAUAUUGGUGAGCACGGAAAGGGAAGGCGGUAUCCAUGUUUACAUAUCGAUUGUUUUCUCUUCACCGACUCAAUUGGCAGUGUGCUGUUAUCGAAUGUUUAAACAUAACCCGCCAACACGAAAUCCUGCAAUUUGUACGUGUUAGGGUAGCUCAUUAGACCGUGCUAGUUAAUGAUCGAUGGAGUUAUUAACCGUGAUCGUCGACGACGUCAAAAUUAAAGGAAAGCUUGGUAAAUAAAUGUGAGUUUCUUCUGAUAUCGCAUCUAGCACGGGCGAUCGAUCGAAGUAACGAAAUUGAUCGAAAAAUAGGCCAAUGACAGUAGGGCCAAAAACGUUGCUGGGAUGUUCUGUGUUGGAUACGGUAUUCAUGGGAUGAAGAAAAACUGGAUAGCACGUUGAUAAUUGGACCAUUAGAUAGUUUUCGGGUCGACGUUGUGCACGGCUAGUGGGAAGAUACUAGCACUUAUAAGGGUGUAGCUACGUCGGUUUGCCGUAAACGAAAAGAAGAGCGGUCUGUGGCUGAUAGAAAACCUAGAUAUUUUCAUUGAUUCAGUUUCUAAUCGAAAUGAGAAAAUAUCGUACGAAGCGCAACAACUGCUUGACAUUUAGUUACGUAUAUUCGUAUCGUGUAAAAGCUGAAAGCUCGCAACGCUGAAGGUAAUAAGCUUUCAAUAAAUUUUUUGUACAGUCUCAAUUAUAUUGCCGAAUAAAGAAGUGAACUGGCUAUGCAGCAAAUGAAAACAAGCAUAAUUUCCGGCGUUUACUAAAUUUUGUAUUAUUACUCACCUCUAAUACACGCUGCUACGACGCGCAUACGAUGACACACGUAUUUCAAGAAAACAAUGAGCUGCUCUCAAUCGCACCCAUAUACCUAUGAUCAUGGCUGUACUUUUUGUCGCUAAAUAAAGCGUCACUCGAUCGAAUAUCCUCCUAUUGGCUUUGUACGUUCUAUUAUACGGCAGGUUCACAGGUUAUAUAUCGUCGAAUGUAUUGUAGACGAUAUAAAUGGCACAAAUUGUUUCGAAAAAACCAAAUAUCGGCUAAAUACGGUACACUGUGCUCUUCGCCUGAACCGGUUAUAGAAAGUUUAUUUGCAAUUUAGCGCAGUAUAAACUUAAGGACGAGGUAGUUUUACCAGGACAGCUGAGUAAGCGUUAAACGACAGUUACGUGUGGAAGAGUUGCAUAAUUACUAACGCGUCGUCUGAAUCCUUCUUUUGCAUAGUAUAAUCACGCAGUGCUAAACCAUCAUUCAUAAACAUAUGAUUGUCAUAAUUUAAGGGGAGCUAAGCAUCUUCAGACGAUGUAUAUUUUUCUGUCUUUUCCAGACUGGAACUCUACUUACUCUUGGCAUCGUCGUCUUUUCUGGAACCUGUUAUAUGCA